AUGCGGCUGCGGCUAUCAGUGCAGCGAAACAACCUCCCCGUGUCCAACAUUCUAUGGAGCGUGCCGGAUAUAGCGAGCUCGCAGGCAUACACGUUUGCGCGACUACUUGAAGACGUCAACCGCAUUCUGCCGCUAGAAGCGGAGCAAUGGGGUUUGGAGGACUACAUUGUCGAGCUUGAUGGCUUCGAGUGCCUCCAUUUCUCGCCUGUGCCGCAGACGUUAAAAGAAGACGACCACAUUUCUAUCCGACCUCUUCUGACCGCCGAAGUCCGCUCUCGCACGCUCUGCGGCCGCACACAGAUCUCCGAGGACGGUCGCCAUCUUAUCGACGGCAUUCCGUUCGGUCGACCGUAUCUCAGGCAACCCUCCCGACCCGCCGUGACAAUUCCGCCUCCUAAACGCCGCCGGAUCGAAGACGACACUGCAGGAGGAAGUGAGGUGCCAGAAUCUGCAGGAUUCAUCACAGCAGCCGAGGACGCGCCGUCCCCUGUAAAAAGCGCUGGAGCGGAGGGGAGCAGGAACAGAGUGCGCUUUGAUCAGGCAGACGAUGCAGGAUCCGACGAUAGUGAAGAGGACGAAGAUUUUGUGCCCGGACAUGUCAGCGAAGGCUCGAUAGACUCGGGAAGCGAGGAUGACAGUUCAUCUGCGGCUUCGGAAGCUUCUGUCCAGCCUACGAAACCAGACACGCGUGGCCGCUCUGCCGAAGACGAAGCCUCGGACACAUCAUCGGUAGUCGAGACCGACAGCAGCUCAGGGUCAUCUUCGGAUUCUGAAAGCGACUCUCAGUCAGAAACAGAUAUGCAAGCUGAGGCUAGCGCAGACUCUGACUCCGACAGUGACAGUGACAGUGAUUCAGACUCAACCGAUUCAGACUCUGAUAGUGACAGCGAUAGCUCUGCGCCAGACGUUCUUUCCUCGAAACCUACCGUACCACCGUGGUCAGGCUCGAAGCAGACGCGAAGGAGAAAUUUCAGGCGAAAACAAUUAGUGAAGCUCAAACAACUCAAGGCGGAAGGGAAGCUAUAUCCAGACGCUACGUAUGCCGACCUACAGCAAUAUCUUGGAACACCUACCGAGCCUGACUCACCGAAACUGACACUUGCGCACCCUAUAUCUAAAGCGACUGGCAAGAGAAAGCGAUUAGACGACGAAGUAGAGGACCAUGAGACGCAGACACUCGCGGAUGAAUCCGCCGAGCUUGAGCGACGUAGGCAAGAGCUCAUGGCGCGCUUUGCAGAUGAUGCACCUGAUGUCGAGAUGACCCCAGUCGAUUCAUCAAAUUCUACCGUAGAACAACAGGUGGAGGAAACUGCAAGCGUGAGCGCUUCACCAGCGGUCACACCAGGUCCCGCGUCCAAGAGAAGUACCGCUACGCCAACACCACCCACGAAACGGCUUCGACCCAAUGUUUCGGCCAUUGGCCGCAUUCUCCAGCGCCAGGCUGUGAACGUUGAGCGAACAACGUCAAGAAAACUUGUAGUUGAAGAGCCUCCUGAACCCGAGGGCGCUUCCGAUCCCGACUUUUGGAAGCAGCGUAUCAAUCUGUCCGCGUUCGAGUGCUGGGAUGAAGACCACGAGCUUAGCGCCCCUCCUUUUCCGUUCGAGCAGCACUGGGAUCCGGCCAGCAAGUUGAUGCGCGAGAACCAACAGAACGCGAAGAAAAAGAAAACCAAGAAGAACAAACAGCAGACUGCAGCGCCGUAUGAAGACAACGAGGAUCAAGAGCCCGAGGAAACACCCAUGCUCGACUAUGACGACUCACCCGAGACUAUGAAGGCAGGUUCCGACCCAACAGAUGCCAUAGAAUGUCAGAUUCUACAGGACGUGGAGCUUGCUGCGAAAACUGAUCUGCCACCUCUACCUGAGGAUGUCGAGUCGCUUCCACUCUUGCAGCCACAUGAUAUUCGAGUUGGUGCGGUUGUUGUGUUCAGGAUCUACGACAUCGAUCCCAUGACCGUCACUCCACACAUCAGCGACUACAAGACAGCAGUCGUUGAGAAGGAGGGUGACUCAGGCAACGGGGCGGGGACGUUCAGGUUGAAGCUUGCUGACCGUGAUGUCCGGCAAAAGGCGAGCGAAACGGAUACGGGCAAUCCAGCCAAGAGCGGCGUCGGUGCCUUCAGGAUGAGCAACGAGGAAGAUGACGAAGACGACAGCAUUUGGGAGGGCACUUUUGGUGAGCUGGUGGAGCCAAAGCUGCUGAAAGCUGCGCAUUAG